AUGCCAUUUUGCGUCUCAUGCCGCGCAGCAGUGUUUCUGCUUUCAUGUUGUAUAUAUUUAGCAUAUUGUUGUGGUCCAAAUAUUCUGUCCUAUAACACUGCUCGUUUGCAAGCCAAAAUGAACUACGAUCAAGCUGUAGAAGUGAAAGAAAUGCAACGGAGAAAGAAAAUGCAAGCCGUUUUUGAUAACGCUGGUUCAGAACUUGCCAGUGCAAAGGAUGAAAUACGUCUGCAUCCUGCUGAAAAACGCAACGAUCGUCCCAAAUGCCAGCAGUGUGAAAUCCUGGAUCCCAGCACGGCGCUCUCAGAAUGUCCAGUGUUGAUCAAAGAGCUUCAGUGUCAACCCUAUGUUGUUGAAUAUAGAGGUGAAGAUUGCUUGCUUGCGAAUAUAACGUGCCCACAGCCAACGCUACCAAACGAAGAUGUCGCGGUAUAUCUCGGCGUUGUUGGACUUGAUCUCAGUAACCGGAAUCGUGCUGUUCACAUAAUGCAGUACGCUCAUGAUGAUAAAGGGAAUUUCGACAUUGACAAAGCACAUCACGGUCAUGGAUACAAAGCGCAUCUGAACUGCAACGAUUACAGAAAGUGGAUUGUAUCGGCUAAUGACCGAAAAUAUGCUAUUGAUUUACUGUUUUGUUUGCCUCUUCGCACAGAUCAGCUGGAUCUUGUUAGAAAUCUCUUCCCUGUUUAUUGA